AUGUCUACUGCAGACCCUCAAAAACGAAAAAGUAGUAUGGCACUACUCUACGGCCAGAUACACUCAGUCUUGGUAGAAAAGACACAAUCACGACGAUUUAGUGCUUCUGCCGCAACCACUAAUACAAAUACAACUACAACUGCAACUGCAACUGCGAAUAAAAAUACAGCUACUCAAAUAACCCGUGAAGAAUCUCCAUGGGCAACAUGCGACAGUCAUUACGAUACCGACAGUAGCACCACAAGCACUGCACUCAAUAGCCCAAUAACACCACACCAUAGCGAAAUGCAAUGUGGCGAACCUUUAAAACCAUCAAUCAAUCCACUCGCUUACACUAUAACAGCUGUCCAACAACAGAUCAAUGAAUGUCACAGGCAACAAAGCCAAUGCGAACAGGAUAUCAAACGGCUAGAGUACCAGUGCCGUGCUCGUCAGGAAGCGCUCGAAAGUUGUGUGGUUGGAAUCGUUUCUCUAAAGAAUGAUCUCAAGGUGUUUAAUCUCAAAUGCCUCGAAGAAAUGUCGCAGAUCGAGACCAUUCAACGGUCCAAAGAGCGAGCCAAGCGUGAGCUGGAAGAGUUGGGCCAGCGCCUUUUUGAGGAGGCCAAUCACAUGGUCCGCCUGGAGAGACGUGAAAAAGAGCGCCUCCAGCUUACCUAUGAUCAUCACGCGUCUGAACUCAAACACACCCAGGCUCGUCUUGGAGCCACCCAAAAGCAACUGGAAGCCUUGAGACGGAGUGUGGAAGCCAAGGAGAUCACCACACACGAAGGUCCACUUGAAGCCUUUACCCGUGCGCGCAUUGAUCUCAGUCGUCUUCACGGACAGCCUUUGCGUGUGCAGUGGCUACCACCACCCAAUGAAGACGGGAACAGCAGUGUACUGGCUGAGUUCCAUGAAUUUGCGCUCGCCCUUCCGAGUGUGUCCUUGCGUAAGCUACACAGCCUAAAGUUUAUGAAGCAUUGUUUGGGAGACGACAUUGAGCCCUGUCUACGCAUGGGACCCAACCCACUGAUCACAUCGCGCAAGAUCAUCGAUGCCGUGGUUGUCAAGACAUGCUUUGUCGAAGCCUGCCCGGACGGCUUUGCACGCAGCCAGGUAGAGCGAUACUUGCAAGAACAGGCGAUUGCCGCGACGGCGAGUCUGUGGGAACGGUUUGCUUUUUCGCCACAUGUGUCUGGCUGUCAGGCGUGUGGACGUGCGAUCCAGCAGCCAGAAGAAGAAGAAAAAGAGCUGUCCUACAGGUUCCGUGUGUCAUACUUUGAUGACUGGGCGUGUAUUGACCGAUAUUGCCGUGAUCGGUUAGCCAGUGUAAUGUCAUUUUAUGAUUUUAUUCACAGGCUUCGGACGGGUGUGUACCAGCACAGAACACUAUGGGAUGUUUACCAAGAGUGUGUUUGCCUACGACUUCAGAUGACUCUUAGCAGAAUGGGUGCUCUUCCAGUAGUGCUUGAGGCAUCUGGUUUGAACAGUUCGACCAUUGGGAAAGCGUCCACUGGUCUUGCUACUGAAAGCGGGUUAUCUAGAAACACUGUGUCCAGUAUUGGGCGACUGUCAAGUUCCACCGAAUCUAUUAUCACUGUAUCUACCCUCCAUUCAAUGACCUAA